AGUUUGGCGGCGUGUGAGUGAGUGUGCGCGUGCGGUGGUGCGGCGGGCCGGUGUACAACGUUCACCUGGGUGGGGUUUCAGACAGCCUGUUGGAGCAGUGUACACGAUCCGAGGUGUGUAUAAGUGGAGUGAAGGCUGCGUCCAGGUGAUCGCCCGGCCCCUUAAGCUCAAGGAAAAUACUUCACGACGAGGAUUACACUUAAACCGACCCGAUAAUUUACGACUUUAUCGAAUCGUUGAGCCGAGGUGAUAGUUGAGUGCGUUGGUAUCAACUUGGCUCCGAUCUGUAGGACGUCACUUCAGAGAUUGUGUCCAAGAGGGUGUCUUCAACUGGCCGUGACCUCUGCGUCCCUGAGGACACCACCUCUGCUGAAGGAAGGGACGGCGGCGGCUACCACUAACUAGGUGCCAUUCCACUCUUUGGGUGUGGCAUCACAAGUGGUAGCGAGGCACGCGGUGGCCUCGGCAUCACCCACAUUUCGCCUCAGGUGACCCCAGCUGCUGUUGUUGACGGGCAGCAGCUGAGCCUUGUCCAAGAUGUCAGGACGAGUAGGCGAGGACAGUGACGCCCCUAAGGGUCCUCACGGGGGUGGGGCACCCACAAUCAAUGGCUCUAUCGAGGCAUCGCUCACUCCGGAGCUCCUCUUCCGUAUGAACAAGAAGAUCGCACAGCUUACAAAGGUGGUGUAUGGUCUCAACACACGCGGGGAGGAGCUGGAGGCGCAGUUGGCGACGGCAAAGGAGUCUGAGGAGGCGCUGAAAACGAAUAACACAGAAUUGCAACACAGACUCAACCACUGCAAGAGCAAGGUUGAGACGGAGCUGGGCAGACUGCGGGAGUUGGAGGCCGAGGCGGGGCAGGCACAUUACUGGAAGCAUGAGUGUGAAAACCUCAGGAGAAGGUUGGAUCUCGAAGGCGGGGUGCUGGGAGGCGGCGGGGUGCUGGGUAGCGGUGAGGCGAGGGCGGCAGUGGCGGCAGCGAGGGAGGACGCGGAGAGGGCACACAGGAGGGAAAAGGCGGUGGCGUAUGAGCUGGAUCAGGCGAGGCAGGCCAUUAACAGCCUCAAGAGUCACCACGACUUCAUCAUGAGAGAGAGGGAUGCGCAGGAGGCCAUGGAGAGGGAGAAGCUGGAGCUGGAGUGGCAGACGAGACUGGCUGAGAUCGAGAACAGGUACAAGAGCCAGGUGCGAAGGGUUACUGACGACAUGGAGGUGCUGACGGCAGAGUGUGAUAUCCUGAGGCGACGGGCUGCUGAUUGUGGCACCGGAGAGGCGUCCUUGCGUGAACAGAUGAUGGCCAUGGAGAGAGAUCACGAAAAACAGCGGAGGGACUGGGAGAUGCAGAUGCAGAUGAAAGUGCAGGAUGAGCAGGAGGAAAUCUUGGCAUUUGGGAAGGAGAGACGAGACUUUGAUGCGCGGAUACGACAACUGCAUGAGGAGCGGAGGGACGCGGACCAGCAGUGGGAGGAGAGGCUGAGGGAAAAGAGUCGGGAGUACGAAAGGAAGUUGCGUGAAGCCAUCGACAAACGGGACGCAAUGCAGCAGCGAAUCGACGAGAAGGAGGAAAGCUUCGAGGCUCGUCUGAGGUCCAAGGUGGAUGAGUGGAAGGCUGAGUGGGACGAGGUGGAGGAGGGACUGAGGAGUGAGAUACGCAAGCUGAAGAAUGAGAAUGAAUCCUUGAGAGCCGACGUGACGGUGCUGCGUAGUCGUCAAGAGCGAGGUAGCAUCGAGUCAGAGAUGAAGGUUCGGGAGCUGGAGGAAGCAAUUCAAAACAAAGACACUGAAUUCGAGAACAAGACUCGUAACCUCAUGAUCCGCCUGAGCACCGUGGAGUCCGCCAACAAGCAGCAGGGCCAGGAGAAGAACGCGGCGGAGAGGCAGAUGAGGGAAGAGAAAGAGAGAAACCGCCAGCUCAAAAUGGAUUACGAGAUACUGGGAAAGGUGAAGCAAGACUUGGAACAGCGAGUGAAGCUGCUGACUGAUUCUGAACGUCAGCUUGAUGAGCGAGUCACUCUCCUCACUGUGGAAAACGACGAGAUGAAGAGCGAGACGGAAGAUCUGAAGCAGAAACUGAAGGCAAAGGAGAAGGAGAUGGCGACCAAGAUGGAGGCAAUGACCAAGACAUCAGAAGCCCGAGUGAAGCAGCGGAUCGAGAAGACGUGGCUGGAGAAACUGCGCAGGUCUGAGGAGAACGCCGCUCAGGACCUGGAACGAUUGCGAGACGCUCACCGGAGGACAGAGGGUGCCUUGCGAAAGGAGAUUACCCAGGCGAAGAAGGCGGAGGAGGAGGCAAGAAGGCUCAACGAGGAGUUCAAGAAGAAGGUGCGGACGCUGCGUCAGGCGGAGACGGAAGCCACGCACAAGAUCACUGAGCUGGACGACCGUGUGCAGGAGCUGACCAAGAAGCACAGUGGGGACAGCGUGCCGAAGGAGCUCGGGGCACAAGAGGAACGCUAUCAGAAGCAGAUCGACGAGUUAACGUUGUCACUUGCAGAGAAACAGGACGAGGUCAGCAAACUUGGCCAGACACUGGAGACCCUGAAGGGCGUGCAGGAGACCCUCGCCAACACUGAGGAGCUACAGGAGAAGUUGUCACUCUUGCAGCAGGAUGUGAGGGAUAGAAACGCCCAGCUUGAUUGCGCCAGGACGGAGCUGGAGACUUCGAAAGAGGAAAUGGAGUUGACGAAGGCGAAACUCAAUAAACUGGAGGAGGACCUGGACACCGCCCGUCAGAAGAACCUUGCCCUACAGAACCAGAUAGCCGCCAAGACCAACUGCGACAAGACAGAGGAACUAGAGACGAAGAUCAAGACGAUGGAGGAGACGCUAAAGAAGAUGACGGAGGAGCGAGACCAGCUUGCCAAGACCAUUGAUGAGACAGAGGCCGAGCGAGACGAGGAGAUCAAGAUUAUCCAAGAUGCGCUGGACGAGGCCGCGCAGGAGAGAGAGGAUCUAAUCUCCACAUUCGAGAAGGAGAUCCAGAACAUGACGACCAUGAAUUCCACCCGCGAGCAGCAGCUGAUGGAGGACUUCGAGUGGAAACUGCGCGAGAUGGAGAAGGACCACAAGAAGAAGAUGGAGGAGCGUGAUAGGAAAGCUGAGGAGAGGAUUAGUGCGGUGAGGGACAUGGUGGAGUCGGAGCUGGCAGACUCUCUCAUUAAGGUGGCUGAGGACCGACGAGUCGCCGACGAGCAGCUGAUGGAGGUGGGUCACCUGAAGAGCUACGAGGCAGAGGCCAUCCAGCUCCGCGGUGUUACCAACGAGCUGCAGAAGGCGCUGCGGGCCUCGGCGAGGGAAAUGGAACACCUAAAAGUGCGGGAGAAAAUUCUUGAGGAGGAAAUACGAGGCCUCAAGAAAGCACCCGCAUCCCGCCAGAGCACCCUUCAGCGGGCUAAGCGGCAGGCGGAGGAGACGGAGGCAGAAUUCAGACAGAAGCAGGAAAAGAUGAAGAAUGAACUCAACGCCGAGUGGGAGGACAAGUUGCGGUCUGAGUGCUCGCGACUCAAGGCUGAGCUGGACGAGCUGCACGCCGAAGAGAAGCACCUCGCCGUGGAGUCCAUGAAGGUGCAGAAGGAGCAGGAGAUCAGAAAGCUCAAGCAGUCAUGGGAACUUCGUCAGGAGGAGAUGACCAAAGAGAUGUCAAAGCUCAAGGACAGCCUGACGGAGAAAGAUGCUUACUACCACAAGGAGAUGGAGAACAUGAGAACCAACGCAGACAGGGACGUGUGGGAGCUGCGACGAAAGCUACAGCGCCUCGACGAGAAGAACUGGUCGGCACAGGAGCUACUGCAGGAGAAACACCACGAGGAACUAGAGCGGAUUCGUGCGGACUACAAGGAGCGCAUGUCAGACUUGGAGGCUCGACUGGAGGUGGCCAUGAAGGACUCAGACGAGGACGCACGCCAGCAGGCAGAGAAGAUGCACAACGACGAAAUGGAACACCUGUGUGAGCAGCACCGGCUCAGCAUGGAGCGGCUAAGGGAGGAGCUCGAGGCAGAGAAAUUCCAGGCAGUAGAGGAGGCGCGUGUGAUCGUGACCAAGCACCACGAGUACGUCAACGUGGGUCUUCGAGAGCAGAUCACGGAGGCCACCAAUAACUGCACACAGUACCGUGAGGAGCUGGAGGCAGUCAAAUCCACCGUGGCACUGAAGGAAGAGAUGAUCAAGACACUGGAGGAUGAGCUGGCGAGACUGAGGGAGACGGAAGGAGUCCCCGCCGCCUCCUACAAAGACUCCCAGAAUUCUAUUGCUUCCUCAAGCGAGUCUACGUGCUCUCAAGGCUCCAGCAACUCUCAGGACAGACUUAGCCUCUCGGAGUCCGUCGGUGCCUCGAUAGACAGUCAAGACGAGACGCACAAAUCAGGCAUCUACCGCCUCGUCUUUGCCUUUUUGUCUCUCAUGUUCCUCAAAUAUAUCCUCUCUGAUAUUGGCGUGACCUUAAUGGGUCUUGGCCUGGCGGUGCUGGUUCUCUCCUGGGCCCGCGCGCGGCUCCGGAAGGGCCAGGCGCCGCCGGCAAGGCACCAACAGUAACAGCAGAGUUCAUGGUUCCGCCUCGCUCUCUCUUCCACCCUCAGCUCCCCUGCGUUUUUUUUUUUUUAUUUUGAUUAUUUGAUAAUGCUUUGUAUUCAAUGGCUUUUUUUAUGUAGCAGCAUUUAAGUACCACAGUGUUGCAAGGCUUUGUUGUCAAGGAGGCUGUCUGACUGC